GUCGGCGGAAGGCGGGCGGUGAAGGCUUCGCCCCUUCUCCCGCUUCCCCCUCCCCGUGUGACGCAAGCGUCCCGGCGGAGGAGGCGGGGCCGCGGCGGAUCAGCUGACCGCGGACGGGGCUGUCGGGUGGAUGGUCGGCGCCGCUGAAGAAGGAGAGACUCGGAGGAGGAGCCGCUGCCGCCGCCGCCGCCGUCGAGAUGCCCUCGGAGAAGAGCUUCAAGCAGCGACGCACCUUCGAACAGAGAGUAGAAGAUGUCAGACUUAUUCGAGAGCAACAUCCAACGAAGAUUCCAGUAAUUAUUGAAAGGUAUAAAGGAGAGAAGCAGCUUCCCGUUCUGGAUAAGACCAAGUUCUUGGUCCCUGAUCACGUCAACAUGAGUGAGCUGAUCAAAAUUAUCAGGCGCCGCCUGCAGCUGAAUUCCAAUCAAGCUUUCUUCUUACUGGUGAAUGGACACAGCAUGGUGAGCGUUUCAACGCCCAUCUCAGAAGUGUAUGAAAGCGAGAAGGAUGAAGAUGGCUUCCUGUACAUGGUGUAUGCCUCUCAGGAAACGUUCGGCACAAACUCCUCCGUGUAAAAUCGUAACCAGCGGCUUGUAGCCUAGGAUAGUUUUUACCCCUCCCUCCCGCAGGAUAAAAGAAAGGGAUGUCACCAGCCUGUUCACCAUAGUCGUGCUUAGCAGGUGUCCUCAUCGUACCUUGUUCUGCUUGUGAAUACUGGCGCAGAGGAGUGCCAGGAUGGACAGGCAGCCUAGCUUUGUUAACCUGCUCUUAAGUUCACUCAGGCACACUUGCUUUAUAGUGUCUGGAAUCUGACUGAAAUCAUACCAUGUGUGUUAAAGUUGCCAAUAAAAGGGAUGUUUAAGUUACUGUAAUCCUAGGAGCUGGGCUAACUCUUAAUAUAAGCAAGCGGAAAUGCUUCAGUGUGACAUCUCCUUCUGUUAAGUCCUGCUUGGAUCUCCUGAUGUUUUUUUUUCUAGAAAGGGAGUAAGUCUAGGUCUUUGUACAGGGCCUUAGCCAAGACCUUUUGCCUUGAUCUUUGAGAGGUCAAGGCAUUCAGUGGCGGGGCAGCGGGGGAGGAUUUUAUUUUACAGUACUGCUACUUUGGAGGGUGAAGUAUCAGAUUGCUAAAUAUUAUAUAUAUAUAUAUGUAUCUCAUACACCACAGCUUUAAGUCUAGUUUUAGGGCGUGUAUAUUUUAAAACUAGAUUAUAUACUCAACAGUAAUCAUGUAAGCGAAACUUCAGUCUAACAAGAAUCGUCAACGUUUUGUCAGAUAUGCCACCUAAGCUGUACCUCCACCCUAGCAAAGUAGGCUUGCUUUAGUCUUUUGAACAAUACUGGAACAAUAUUCUGUAGAGAAAUUGGGGUUGAGAGAGUGAGGCCAGGUGGAAGAGCCAGGGCACAGGAACCUGACAAGCCCUGUGAUCCUUAAAUUUUUUUCUUGGUUUAUCAACUAUUUUUCCCGCUUUGUUCUUAAUCUUUAUUGAACAGCACGAAAAGGAGGCUAGCAUUGCACCCUUACUGAAAAACACUGGUUUUCUGCAGCAGGAGGUCUGAGCACAGAGUUCUUCCUAAAUAGUUGCAUGUCAUUUGAUUUUGGUGAGGGUAAAUUUUCCCCUUCCCUAAUACUAAGGAAUGCCUAAAGUGGCAAAAAGCAGCCGAAGUCUUGUCAGUGGGGUUUCCUGUUGGCUGUAUGGGACUAAUGCUGCUUAAUGUUGCUGCAAGCAGGGAUACGUCCUAUGCAAAAGACAGGUACUUCAGCGACAUGUCCUGCUUCCAGCUAUUGUACAGUGAAAUGUCGCAGAUUGACUAAAACUUACUCUUGUAUAUUACUGUGUGUGAAUUUAAGUGCGUCUGUUGUAGCAAGCCAAUUUUUGCUAAGUUGGAGGGAGAGGAAGAAGAGCGAUGCUACAUCUUGACACGCCGUCUGACAUCAGUUACAUCUACAGUUUGUACCACUUGCAUGGAUCUGUUUAGUGCUCGUUUUUGAUUUUUAAAGUGUUCACUGUGAGCUUUCAAUUUACUGUAAAAUUUUACAAACAGCCUGUCUUCUGUUCAGUCAACGAUCUUUCUUGACAGACACAUUCAGAUAUGAUUAAUGACUAAUUCCUGUACAAACAUUUUUUGAAGUGCUGAUUGGAUUAUUCCAUUCCAGUCUGAUCUGAAGUUGUGUUCGUUCACCAGCCUGUCUUUAGAAAAGUACCUAGUGCUGCAUACCACAACCGUGGUAUUGUAACUAUCUGUGCUGAUUUGCCACUACUGUAGUUCAGCUGUGUUUACUGUUUUAGGAAGGAAAUUCUGAUUGGGAUCCUGUGCGGCCAUAACUAAAGCCACCUGCUCUCAGGGUGAAGGAGGCUCAGUGUGCUGUCUCCCAUGAUGAAAAAAUCAGUUUCUUCAAGAAAUGGACCGUUGGAAAAUGGCUGUUGCAUCUUAGCAUUAAAGAGCCUCUUGGCCAAAGCGGCUGGUUGGCCUCUACUCUAGGCUGCUGUCUAGGCCUUGCCCUUUUUGCAGAGAAAGGGGACAAGCUGUUGAUUAUCCCUGCAACCACUGCUGCCUCCACCACCUUUAGAGGAAAUACACGUUGACCAUUAAAGCCUGGCUAAAUCUGCUGAA